AUGGAUCUUGAUUCAGACGUUCAGAUGGAAGAUGCUAUAGAGCAGGAGGACGAACUUCAAACUAAUGUUCCUGUCAGCAACAAACAAGAGAGUGGAGGAAAUCGGGAUGGAGACGACACUGUUAUGAGCAAUAAUUUGAUAGCUGCAACAGAGGCAACAGAUACAGCAGAUCAAGAGAAUACGGGUGUGGGUAAGCCUUUACAACAGGUUACUAUAAGUACAACAAAUCCAAAGACACAGAUCAAUACGUUGGAUGGGUGGAUUCAACAGUUAAGUCAGUGUAAACCUCUUAGUGAAGAGUCUGUCAAAGAGCUUUGCGACACAGCUAUUGAUGUGCUUAAAGACGAGGAGAAUGUUCAGCCGGUGAGCGUUCCCGUGACGAUUUGUGGAGAUAUUCAUGGUCAAUUUCAUGAUCUUAUGGAAUUGUUUAAGAUAGGAGGACCAUGUCCUGACACAAACUAUCUUUUUAUGGGAGAUUAUGUCGAUAGGGGAUACUACAGUGUCGAAACGGUGAGUUAUCUUGUUGCAAUGAAGGUAAGAUAUCCAAAGAGGAUUACCAUAUUGAGAGGAAAUCAUGAAAGUAGACAGAUUACUCAGGUUUAUGGGUUCUAUGAUGAAUGUUUCCGAAAAUAUGGCUCUGCUAACGUUUGGAAACUGUUUACCGAUUUGUUUGACUACUUUCCGAUUACUGCUUUGGUUGAUAACUCGAUAUUCUGCCUUCAUGGAGGUUUAUCGCCGAUGAUUGAGACUAUAGACCAAGUGCGUGAAUUGAAUAGGUUCCAGGAGGUGCCACACGAGGGACCGAUGUGUGACUUACUCUGGUCAGAUCCUGAUGACAGAGGAGGAUGGGGAAUCUCUCCAAGAGGUGCCGGUUUCACCUUUGGUCAGGAUAUCUCCGAGCAAUUUAACCAUACGAAUGGAUUGUCUCUCACCGCUAGAGCUCACCAGUUGGUAAUGGAAGGUUAUAGCUGGUCACAUCCAGAUUUGGUAGUGACCAUUUUUUCCGCUCCUAAUUACUGUUAUAGAUGCGGUAAUCAGGCUGCCAUUAUGGAGGUUGAUGAGAACCUAAACAGAGAUUUCUUACAAUAUGAUCCUUCUAUCAGACCUGGUGAACCAACGGUGACUAGAAAGACUCCCGACUACUUCUUAUGA